AUGGACGCCAUUCACAAUACCCCCGAGACCACCCAUACAAGUCUCUGGGCGGAUGUCCGAAAUUACAUCGAGCGCAAAGGCCGCCUUGCAUGGGACCGAGCUCCCCCGAUUGCCAUUUGCAGCAUCUGCCAGGUCACCGAGCUGGAUAUCUUGGGCCUGCCGCCCUCUGAGGAAGCCGUGGCCAGCAUCGAGCCCGCCAUGAUCACCAUCUGCGGCCACAUGGCCUGCUAUAUCUGUCUCGAGACUUGGAUGUUCCUCGUACGCUACCCGAAGGAGGGACCCAACCUGACGCGUGCCAUGGCUGUCGGCGCCUACACAUCGGAAGUCGGGCGCUGGUGUCAGCUCGCCGGUUCAGGAACCUGUUCGCUGAGAGCUGUAAACAAGAGUACCGUCGAGGACGCGCGGGUGAGAGAGAAUUACGAGCAUCCGAGCUGGGGAGCGCAGUGGGAUAGCGAGGAGGCCGUUCUGCCCAGUGACGUGGAGUAA